AUAGCACAAUUUAUGUUAAAACCUAUCAGGAACUAUAGAGCUCCUCGAGCAUUUAAUAGGCUUUUUCAAUAGUUCUCGAGGAGUUCUGUAGUUCCUGAUAGGUUUUAACAAUAGUUGUGCUACGUAACAUCGGUAAAAUAUUUAUUAAAGAUACUGGUGACAUCACACGUUUCAGUGCAGGCAGGCAUGAGGUGCUGGCUAUUCUCAUAGUAAAUCUUAUCGAGCUUAAUUAAAAUAAUUAUUAAUAAUUAAUUAAAGCUAAAAAAAUAUUUAGGCAAUAUCUGAUGAGCGGCCUCUUUCUAAGGGUUGCUUUGGGAACCAGCGGUAAGUAGCGGAGAACCUCACCAAGCUACACGUUCGUGAUCAGGUUUCAGCUCGGCUACAAAAGGAUACGCAUUAUCAACGGAGACGAUGAUCACAAAAUCCUACUUCCCGACUCGCCGCUAGUAUUAAGCGUUAUGCUUUUGAAAUUGCCUAAAACCGUACCUUUUUACAUCAUCCUACUCAUCUCUGUUUUCUAAAUGUAAAAUGUGAGUAAUAACGUGAAUCCUUAUACUAAAAUAAAGAGCAAAAACACGACAUUAUUGGAUAAUGAUUUAUCGUUCAUCCUAGAAACUCACUUUAACAUGCUUAUAACUUUAAUAAAUUAAGGUUAUUCUGUCUGAAAACAACUGACAACUAAGCUCUCACUGACAACUGUCAAUGUCAUGUUUCCAUUCCAGUUAGCUUGUAAAUUUACAUGGGCAUACCGAAUGUUACAUAUAGAUGGUCAACGCUAAAGCUUUUAUACAUAAGUAUAAUUACAAUGAACAUUACCGGAAUAAUAACAGUGAUAAUAAUGAUAGUAUCAGCCAUCAAGCUAAUGACUGGAUUUGGGAAUUACCUCAAUUUGGUAACACCAGGUGACGGUUACCUAUGGCCAGCAUUGAUAAUCGUCGCAGCUAUUCUCUGUGCGCCGCUCUACGUCCUGGGACUAAGAUUCUGCAUCCGUUUAAGAUUGAAACGUAAUUUCUCCGCGGAAGAAUCGUUACGUCUGAACAAGGAUCUGUUCGCUCACAUCAUCUUCUGCGUGGCUUCUAUCUUCCUGACCACCUUCAUAAAUGCAGCCAGUAUUGUUCAUUCGAGUACGUUCUACAGCAGAAUACAGAACGGCCUCCUGGAGGCUAUGGAAAAUUAUGUCAGCGAUGUCGUCGCCAAGGUUCGCAUUGACUCUGUUCAGAUUGAAUUUCACUGUUGCGGUAGUAACUCGUACAAGGAUUGGUUUUUCAUACCGUGGAAGAAACUUGGUGCCCAGAGUACGGAGAAGAUUGAGAGAAUUGAGGACGCCGACGAGAAGGGUGACGAGAAUGAAUUUUUGGCUGACGAUGUACCCUUCUCUUGCUGUUUGAAGGAUAUCCUUGGACCUUGUGUUCAUCAUAACAUUAUGGCAGGAAGUGACGCUUACCUUUAUGACUCUAAUGAUAAGGUUAGCAUAGCUACAGCUGGCUGUCAUUCAAAGAUGCUCAGUACGGCUACCCUCGUAGGGAACCUCAUCGUCUUGGUACUGUUUUUUCUGUCGGUAUAUCAGCUAGUCCUGUCAUUACUAUUGCGACUACUGCAGACAGCUCAUAGUAACACGUUCUACAUCGGGCCUAGGAAGUCGCACUAUGUUGCCUGGAUAUUUGGUAGUAUGCCGUUGCAGGAGAACUCUGAUAAAUUAACAGACGAAGAGGAAGCCUUCCUUGAGGAAGACGUCGAUGAACCUUCCAAGGACUGUGCACCGUUUCCACAGCCAUCCUCGUUCCCCCAGGAGAUGCUUUCGUCCAUAACCUUAAACGGACACAAAAAUACCAGGGCCCAGCUACUACGUAGAAUAUGCUCAAAACUUUCAUUGAAAUUAGCAGCUGCUAACAGGGAUGGACAUAGGUUGUUAUCCUCGUUGGGAAUAGCAGGAGAGAAACAGAAGAAGAUUCAAGAGAAAGUUGAGGAAGCGGAAGGAAUGACGUCAGAAGAAGAUGAGUGGAUGUCUCCCUUGAAGAAAAUAACUACGGCAGCGCCACCGCUGCCGUCGCUAGACUUUUCUCCAGAAAUAACAUCAACAGGGAAAAUUCUAGAAACGUGCUGCACAUCUGAAUAUUCAGACAGAGUGUCAAUAAACAGGCUAAAAGGAGGAGGACCCUCCCAGCCUACGAAUCGGAGCAACAGGUCAGACGCUAGUGAAUCCAGCAGAACCAGGCUCAGAGAGUCAGACGAAGGCAGACAUUCACAAUCCGGGAGUAAGAUAAGCACGCUAUCAAGAUUUGUACCUUGUAAGGUUCAGUUACUCAAUACCCAAGAAACUGAACAUGAAACCAAUGUACUGUAUUAUCCUGGCAAGUUCUCGAGUGCAGGAAGGUCCUGGCUCAGAUCACCGGGUAGUCAGAUAAACUCAGAUAGCGAACACGAAUCUCAACUGAGCAAAUACCACAGGAAAUUGGAUACGGACUACAAUAGGAGUAUUUUCAUAAAACGUCGCGGUGCCUUCAAUAAAAAGGAGAACGAAUGUCAGCAACCUCGCCAAGACUCCUGGGGUGAACGUCAAAGUAUCCUGAGGGCUAAAAUAAAUAAUCCAGGGUGUCGAGUAUCUCCCAAAUUUAAUCCCAGUGACGCUUACAACAGAUUUCGUGGAUCCAUUCAAGACACCAUAAGAAGACGGGAGAAUCAGAUGCAAGCAAGACGUAUUAAUCUGAUAUCUGACCUAAAUCGUUCAAAUCGACAGAGUAGACGGAACUGUAUGGUUAAUAAUUGUCAACAUAUGUCAAAACUAGGAUUGAUGAUUCAUCAUCCGGUAUCACAGGUACAGCAUUCCUCGAUGAAAACUUCGCAGAUAUAUUUUCCUUCUCCACCACCUCCACCACCACCACCACUACCACCACUACCAACUCCACAUUUGAGAACAUCGAUUCCAACAGUAAAGAGAAUCCCAUGGGCGUCGACGUACCGGGAGUCCUCAGGAAGUCCAUCACAUUGGAUGACAAUGAAUUCCGUUCGUCAUACUUCAUUUUCGCGACCUGCAUUUCCUCAACCUCCAUGAACCUUAUAUACCUGGUGACACAAUAAUACAAUGCAUGAGUAUACAUAAUGGCCCAGCUCUCGGGAACCUCAUAUACAAAGCAAUUUGUAAUAAAGGUCUCAAUAACAUUUAAUGUACAAUCUUAAUAAUUUAUUACCAAGAAGUAAAUACAUAGGCGUUUAUAAUGGAAUUUGUAAGAUCGUAUUAUAAUAUGUAGAAUAACAUGUUAAAACUAAGAAAGCUGACUUCGCGUGAUCACGUAAUCACGUGUCGCUCUUAACAUGACUUAUCUCACUGUUGGC